AGUGAAGCCCGCUUCCCGUCCAUGUAAUCCCUGUCCUGCAGUCUCUCUGUGAGCUUUUUGUUUUUUUGUUUUUUUUUACAUAUAUAUUAUCAGCAGGGCCUUUCCGCCUCUUUUUUUCACGCUUAGCGCGUCGCAGGCUCUCCCGGUUUGGCCGUUAAUCCACGCGCCAUGUUAAUGCAGACGCGGGGAGCAAUGGCGCAUCGGGACCAUGGCGAGGCACAGGUUUGGGAGGAUGGAGAGACAAGCAGGAAUUAGACACGUCGGACGGCGCAGCUUUGAGGAUCGGAAUGGGUCGGAAGGGCACUCGUCUCCGCGCGGAACGAUGGCUGUGGCAGAACGUGUAAAGAUCAGCAUCCUUCACCAGACGUCCUGAUUUGCAAGGAGGCUCGUGGGCCACUGUUGCCACGGCAGCGGUCGUGGAGGAAGAGAAGGAGCGGUUGUUGCGGUGGCGCCACGCUCUGCUGGAGGGGAUGGAGUACCACAGCACGGGAACCCUGCCGCUCCUGGGCAGCCCGCGUUACUGUCCCGGUGCCAACAGUGCCAGUGGGUACCUCUGCCAGACGGGCCACUGCUGUGGGGAGACCGGCUGCUGCACAUAUUACUAUGAGCUGUGGUGGUUUUGGCUCUUAUGGAGUGUAUUGAUCCUGUUCAGCUGCUGCUGUGCGUAUCGACACCGCCAGGCUAAACAGCGAGUGCAGCAGCAGCAGAGACAGCGAGAGAUCAACCUGAUGGCCUACCACGGAGCCUGCAGCUACCCGUCCUCCAUGCUGGACCUCAGUUUCCUCGCGUCACUCAAACUGCCAUCGUAUGAAGAAGUAGCAGCGCAGCCCAGCACCCCGCCCCCUCCCUACAGCUCAGUGGCUUACCCGCGAGGCUCCGCCCAUCCCGGUCCGAGUCACAUGCUGUCCUCACAGAGCUCUGACAACUACACCAGCUGCUCGUGUGACUCCUGCUGCCCGUCUUCACCUUGUAGCUCCUCUCCUUCCUCUGCCCAGCUCACAGACGAGACUGACACUAGCCACACCUCCACGCCUUCUCACAGUGAACCAGUACCCAUUAACUCGGUUUCUGGACAUGCCACAGAGCAACACACUGAGACUCUUUCCACUCCGCCUUUUAACGAACCUGGCCCCACUCCCUUAGCAGAAGCGAUGGAGGUAGACUUGCCAGACUCCACCUCCCUUGACUGUAAUGGCAACAGGACUGUUAAAACAGUCACUAAUCCAACAGUUAACAACAACGUGAUCAGUGAUGCUGAAGAAAGUGCUAACUCGAAGGAAAGCAGUGACGAGAUUAGUAACUCGAAUGAUGUUUGUAACCGCAGCAUCACCACAAGCUCUAAUGUACCUCAGUGCAACAACACUAACGAUAUUAGCAGCAAGGGUCAAAUGUCCAACCUCAGUCCUACCAGAGACGAUAAAACCACUGACUUCGACCUCUUUCAUCCACCCAGCAAUAUGACCCAAAACACGUUUAAUCCUCCCACUGCUAUCCCAUCGUCUUCUCCUCCUUCUUGUUCUCCUUUGUUUCCGACCUCUCCUCCUCUCCCUCCUCCUUUAUCCCCCAUCUCUGACCCAUUAGGCGCCUUUUCGGAGCAGCAGAGCUCUCCUGUGCAUUGGACGGAGCCAACGCAGACACACCCUUCAGGCCCUCACCCACUGUCUCCUCCAAAACCUACCGUCUUUUCCCCUGAUUUCCUGGAGCCAGAGCGGCGCGAUUCAGCAGUGUGCGAUCUCGACGUGGAUCAGACGCACUUCCAGCAGCGACGCCUCACCGGAGACUCCGGGAUCGAGGUCUGCCGCUGCCGGAUCAACCACGAGGGUGAGGAGGAAGAGGAAGAGGAGGAGGAGGAGGAGGACGAGGAAGACGAUGAGGAGGAGGACGAAGACAGGGAUCAUGCACAGGAUAAGCCAAGUGCUGUGACGAGCGAUGACCUCCACGACAGUGCCGACUGCUCCGUCCAUGCCCAGCUGUCCCCUUCUGAGCUCAGUGACACGUGCGGGUCUGGCUCAGCCACACCGGCGCAUGCCGACGCAGUCGUUAUAGCCAUGGAAACCGUUUGAUGGACGGGUUGGUUGUUGAAAUCUAGCAAACAAGGGCUGUGUGUCAGCGAUGCUGAAAGAGCCUUCGGCCGUGCAAAGUGGAUUGCCCUUUAGUCCGAGUCUAAACUAGCUGUGCUGUUGCAUUAGGACUGACAUCGUAGGGUGGUGAAACGUGAAACUAUAACUUACUAGCAUAGGAUAGGAAGGUCUCUCUAUCUCUCCCACUCCCUCUCUCUCUGUCUUUCUCUCUCUCUCUCUCUCGUAGGAUAAAUGUCGUCGGGUUCUCCGGCACUGACGAAAAUGCCUGUUAUUGUGCUGACAGAGAGACUGAUGUUAGAGCCACAGAUUCUGCUCUAACACUCACACACACUCACACACACACAGUAACCUUUGUGUAUGACCCUAUUUGGGACAGUGACACAUGAUGGUGGUACAACAAUACCAUGUCCCUCUGUGAACACUUCUGUACUCUGUAGCACGUGCAAACAACCAACACACAUCUCUCUUUCUCUCUCUCUCUCUCUCUCUCUCUUUCUCUCUUUCUCAGUAUCUCUCUCUACCUUUCUCCUGUUUCUCAGCUUGCAUCGUAGCCUCUGACGCAGAGCUCUAGUCUACUCUUUCGCAGUGUCGUACACAACGAUAGACUAUGAAGAUGCUUGAACUGUUUGGUUUAAACGCUGCUGACAGUAAAGAUGCAAUAACACACUCCUAACACAUACACAAACACACAAACACACACACCUGUCCUGUGUGCCUCUGGGAAAUGUAGUUCACACCAGGUCAGGCAGCCAUUUUGUGCUUGAUGUUAAUUGGAGCUUAUCAGCCGAAUGUAGGUUCCUCACUGGUUCCUGCAAAGCAACACUCUCUGUCUCUCUCUCUCUCUCUCUCUCUCGCUGCUCUCUCUCUCUCUCUCUCUCUUUCACUCACACACUCAUAUACACACACAUAUCCGUAACACCAGACUGCAUUCUUCUUGUUUUCCCAGAGUUUCAGAACACCAGCUUGGCCAAACAAAUGCUGCACCUCAACCAUGGAAGAAGAAGAAGAUGAAAAAGAAAAACCUCAGGACAUUGUUUUUUUGUUUUUUUUUUUGUUCUUAAUUUUU